CGUGGAUAAACUCACCACCACCAACAAACAAGCAAGCAAAGAGCUAACAUGCGCACCCCACCACGCCUCCAUUAAUUUUCUUCUUCCUCUCGCAAUUUUCUUUUCCUUCGAUCCAAACACAGACAAAAAUUUCACACUUACACUUCCCCUUAAUUAUAAUAAUAAUAUAUAUAUAUAUAUAUAUAUAUGUAAAAUGAAAAUUAAAUAAAAAUAAAAGAGAGAGAGAGAGAGAGAGAGAGAGAGAGAGAGAGAAAGAGAGAGAAACUCCGUUACGUUUCUCUAACAUGCGCCAUCUGUUAUUUGUCACCACCUCCUCCUCCUCCAUUACCACCACCAUCACCAUGCCCUCAUCGUCUUCUUCUUCAACCCUCUCUUCCUCAACAUCGGCUUCUCCUAAGCCCAAAUCCUCAAACCCUAACCCUAACCCUAAUUCCUCCCUCCUCUGCAAGCACUCUCCAUCUGCCACUCUCGACCUCCUCAUACUCAUCCUCGUCCUCUUCUCCGGAACAUUCCUCGUCACCUCCUACUUCUCCUACCUCUUCAACUCCCUCUCCAUCCUCCUCUCCUCCUCCACCUUCCACCUCCACCACCUCCCUCUCCCUUACAUCCUCGGCUUCUUCGUCGCCUUCGCCUUCGCCGUCAUCUUCCUCGAGUUCUGUUGUGGUGCCCGAUCCCGGAAGUGUGAUAAGCCCGGAUGCAAAGGAUUGAAGAAGGCUAUGGAGUUCGAUUUGCAAUUGCAGACUGAAGAGUGCGUCAAGAAUGGUUCGAAGGAGAUCGAUAGGUUGCCUUGGAAAGGUGGAAGCGAAGGGAAUCCGGAUUACGAGUGUCUCAGGUCUGAGCUGAGGAAGAUGGCUCCGCCGAAUGGCCGUGCGGUUUUGCUCUUCCAUGCCCGCUGUGGAUGCCCUGUUGCUAAGCUUGAGGGUUGGGGACCAAAGCGUGGUCGGCGGCAUAAGAAGACUCGAAGAUUUGAGCAGUUUCUCUCACUGAAUUGAAUUAUGCUGGGCAUGUGUGGAUGGAUGAAUCUUGAUCUGCUAUAUUCUAUGGAAUUUAAAAUUCUAGUGUUUUACUCUACGUUUAGCUCUUACUUCUUACAUAAAAUAAAUCUUUGCGAUCUUGUGAUUCAUCGACGAGAGCAGAACCAUUUAUGCACACAAAGUACAAAUUUUUGUUAUGGAGGUGGAAGUUCAUGUCUUGAAACAAUAACUAGUAAAAGAACUUUUUUCUUCUUCUUUUCUUUUUUUUUUUUUUUUUUUUUUUUUUUUUUUUUUUCCCUUCUUGUAUAUUACUCUGCUAUCAUGAAGUGUAAUGGUAUAAAUUAUUGCUAGACGUGCUAUCAUAUUGAAUAUAAUCCGGCGUGAGACAGUGAGUUUUGUUUAUCGUUCAA